AUGACAAUGGACAUAGACGACAUCCUCGCCUCCGUCGACCGCGACAAUUACACAUCCCCCGAAUCCGUGACUAGUGACCACCAACACCUCACGCGCCUAUGGGUCGCAGAACGCGCGGUCUCAGAAUUAUUACCUUGGCCGGCACAAUUAAUGGAUAGAAUGAUGGAGAGGGUCCGGAAGCAGGUCGAAAAUAUAGAAGAUCUCACAGCAUCAUCAUACGAAAACUCAAAUAAUCACGUCGAUAAUAUUGGCAAUAAUAAGAAUAAUACCCUCAACCUCAAACUAUCAAUCUUGCAAACCGAUCUAUCGCGAACUCAGUACUUGAUUCGAUCAUAUCUGCGACAACGAUUAUCCAAAAUCACGAAAUUCGCGAUGCAUUAUCUCGUUCUUAUAUCCCCCCCUGCGCCGUCGCCAAGUUCUACGCUACAGAGUGAAACUUCCGAAGUAGGAGGGAUUAGGACGGAAGAUACCCUACCCAACCCUGCCAACGCAACAUCCAACGAUACGAGUCCUUUAUCAGCCUCAGAAGCGCAAUUUCUCUAUUCACAUCAAUAUCUACUCGCAUCACAUUACCGACUUAGCUUUUUGGCUUCGUUUCCACCUCAAUUAAGACGAUUAGAUGAUAAUGCUGGUGGGACGAGUAUGAUUCAGGGCCCGGAUAUGCGGGAAGUUGUUUUGGUGAGAUGUUUGGUUCCUGAGGUGCCUAUCAUGGUACCCGCGGAUGAGAUAUAUGAUCAGGAGAGGGAAGGGGAGAUUAUGAGGAUGGGGGAGGUUUGGGUGGGAAGGUGGGAGGGUGUUCGGAAAGCUUGGGAGAGGGGCGAUGUUGAAGUUUUAUAG